AUGGCCCGCGGCGAAGGCAAAGGCGAAAGUGUUGCCAGACUGUCGAAUCAAAUCGCGUGCAUCAAGUACACGCUGUUCUGCUUCAACAUCGUGGCGUGGUUCAUUGGGACGCAAGUGCUCCUGUUCGUGCUGACCGUGAUCGGGUCGGCCAUUCUGCUCGACUUCUCCACAAUGAACUCCAGCAUCCAGCCGCUGAUUCGCCACACGAUGCUCCGCUUCAUCGUCACCUCCGAGCACCCGCACUCGUCGGCCGCCCUGAAGCUGAUCCAGGAGAGUAUUGGCUGCUGUGGAGCGGACGGACCGAACGAUUACAUGGUCAUGCGCCAGCCAUUGCCGCUCGAGUGCCGCGACACCGUCACCGGAAAUGCGUUCUUCCACGGCUGCGUCAACGAGCUGACCUGGUUCCUGGAGGACAAGUCGGUGUGGGCCGCCAUCAUGGCGAUGAUACUGGCGGCAGUUCACACUUGCAACGGCGUGCUGGGCAUCGUCCUCGUGCAAGCUCUGAAGCGCGAAGAGGAAGCGAUGAACCGGCGCUAGAGGCCGAACCCGGCACUUCCAAGCCGAUCCCAGAGAGGAAGAAGGAAGACCAGACCACAGACAGACAGCAGCAACAACAACAACAACAAAAACACAUCCAUAGACGAGCAUGACGAGCUAUGACAAGCGGCGUGCGGUGUUAUCAGCUACAGUAUUUAGGGGCUACGAGUGUGGUGGUGCCAUUGUUUUUUUUUCGUGUAUUUCUUUGCAUUAAGGUCAGUACUUAGCAGCGACAGUGUCAGCAUUUUCACCCAUCUUAAGAGUCGAUUUAUGAUAAUA